AUGUCCGCCAUCAUCUCUUCAACUAAAAAACUACAAGCCAAAGAGGAACUCGACAGAGCAAUCCGCUCCAUCAGCUCAGACUUUCAACUCCAACUCCAAAUCCCUGAUCCGACGCUGUCGCCGAGUAAGCGCCAGCUUCAGCGACGGUCUGAGGACCAGGAAAGAUGCAAUGCGAUCUACUAUCGCGCGCAAUUCCUUAAGUUUAAAGAUCCAAAUCGACUCUCCAUAUGUUUCACUCGCUUUCGCGAACAAGCCGAUGAGCACCUCACCAAUUGGAUUCGAAAGCCCCGCGCUGACCUAGACACGACCCCGAUAAAGAGAUCGUAUGGCGACCCACAUCGCCAAAGUGCACGCUUGACCUCAGAAGAGCGGGGCCAGCUUCAGGAGUUGUUAUUGAGGCUGCUGAGGGACGACAACAUCGCCAGCCAACCGCGAUCAAAAGCGGCGAAGCGAAGGUCCGACGACGAGUUUCCAGAUCCCUUUUCGAAAAGGAGCCGCAACUCUUUCGACGGUUCCCCAGCAUGUGACAGCAUUGACGACAUCCCAGUCCGCUCUAGAGCCGUGGACUCUAGUGGUGUGCCUACGGGACGGCCCGCUCGUCGGUCAGGUACGGCGUCAUUCUCCAAUGGCGCUCCAAGUGCCGUCACAUCAUUUAGCAGCACACAACCUCAAUCUUUAUCUUUUGGCGCUGGAUCCUUGAAUUCCAGCAAAGUUUCUUUGGCACCAUCAAUUUUCUCUGCAACCACAAACCGUGCACCAAGUACUCAAACCACGGUCUUGUCGAAUUCUUCCUUUAAAGGUACCGGUCCAAGAACGUCUUUCCAGUCCAGUCAACCCAAUUACAGGACAUACCAAAAGUCUGCGAAAGACUUCAACGGCUCGUUCUCUCAGAGAAUACAAGAAUUUGAGUUCAAGCCCCAAAUCACGACUGAGCGCAAUAGUGUUGACCCAACGAAGUCAUCCUCAUUUAGACAACAUGAGUCUCGAAUGUCGCCCGAGCCCGAGCUUGAGCCUGAUAUGUCGAUCGAUGAGCCCAAGCUACCUCCUUUGGAAACGCCCCAGCCUAUGAGAAGUCAGCAAUUUGAUGUAAAGCGAAGAGAGACUAUCCGGUCUAGCAGCCCUGCGACAGCCUACUCUAGCCUUCCUGAGAUGAACGAACUGGAUUCGCUACUUCUUGAUGGCUCCAACUUUGAUACGACACCCUCAUGCGAACUGACAAAUCGUCUGCGAAAUAUUUGGCCGAGAUUUCCCAUCCCUGGAUUGAACCAGGCACCUUUGAUCAUUUUAUGGGAAUUGACUCGUGCUGCGCUUCACUGCCGUGUGGACUUGUCUGGAUGGGAUCUCGAAUAUAAACCCGAUCAAACUUGGCACGACCAGAACAAUUUCCGAAAUCUGAUCUUUCGACAUCGGCUCUUUAUCGGAGCUGGCCUACCUGCGCCUUGUGAUCGGGCUGUAUGGAGCGCAGCAUUUGGGUCAUUCACUUCAUACGACAAGACUGUUGUUCUUGCCGCCGAGUUUGUUGCCAAUCCCGAGGACUCUGGCCCCCUGUACAUGCUCAAGCUCCAGGCUCCUCGUCUCGAGCUUGGCCACCGACUUGCUCGCCGCUUUGGUGCGGACCGGUUCAUGGAAAUCAUUAUGCCAUCUCCCACUUCUAGAGAUGCUCCUGAGGCAAUUAAAAAGGAUGGGCAGGGUCCGGACAAGGUUAUCAGAUGGUUGAACGACAAUCCUCACUACUUUCUCGGUCGAUUUUGGGCACCAUUCUAUAACCGCCAGGCCAAAAAGUGUAUCAAAGAUCCCAAACCUCCCCAUAAACCGCUUACCAUCAUGCAGGAGCGGGUGUAUUUCUUCGCAACUGAUGGUAACAACUUCCGACUGCCCGAAAGCCAGUUUCCACCGUUGGAAGAAGCAGUAUCUUUGGCAUACCGUACGAAGAUGCGGCGUUCCGAUCUCCUGAAUUGGGCCGUCAAUAUUGAGGAAAACGCGGAACAGGCUGUACCAAAACUGUUCUCGCGACUUGCUCUCAGUCUCAGCAAAACAUGUCCCACCAUCGUCCUUGAACCUCACCAAUUCCGUCAUCGCGAUACAAAGCUAGGCUUCCACGAUCUCAUGAGCAUCAGUGAAAAGAAAGCGCAAGAGGAUAUGGGCGACGGUAUCGCCAGAAUGUCACGAGGUUUCGCACGCAAGGUCGCGACCCAUCUUGGUCUAUUGGAAACACCAUGCGCGUUCCAAGCUCGUAUUGGCAGUGCCAAGGGGAUGUGGAUAGUCGAUGUUGAAGAUGACGGCUCGGAUGACGGCGUUUGGAUUGAGACAUAUCCCUCCCAACGCAAGUGGAUUUGUGCGUUUGAGGACAUCCACCAUAGGACGUUCGAAGUUCGAGAAUGGUCCAGAGAGCUCAAGUCGGCCUCGCUCAACACGCAGUUCAUACCAGUCCUUGAAGCGCAGGCCCCAAAUCCUAGCGACAUGCGAAGCAUCAUCGCCAAUCAUCUGGCCAGUGGGCUUCAAGAGGAGAUCGGAGGUCAGCUUGCAGCCAUGACACACCCUACCAACCUCCGUGGUUGGUCGCAUCGUCGUUUUGAUCGAUCGACCCUGGGUCAGGUUCCAUUUCAGGGAGGGUUGCCACAACGUGACGAAGAUACAAUUUCGUACAUGCUUGAUGCCGGCUUUGAUGCUACCAAGUGUCGUUACCUGCGAGAUCUUAUAUGGAACAACCAGAGGAGACAGGCCGAACUGCUCAAAGCAAAGAUGAACAUCAAGAUCCCCCGAUCGACAUACGCUUUCAUGGUGGUGGACUUUACCGGCACAUUGGAGGAAGGUGAGGUGCAGCUAGCAUUCUCUUCCAAGUUCCAAGCCGACGGCGAGUCAGAUACUUUGUUGGAUGACAUUGACAUCCUGGUUGCCCGAGCCCCAGCCCAUUUUGUGAGCGAUGUACAAAAGGUCAGAGCUGUGUUUCGACCGAAUUUAAAGCGGCUCAAAGACGUCAUCGUGUUCUCUUCCAAGGGCAAAUCACCUCUCGCUGACAUGCUCUCUGGCGGUGACUACGAUGGUGAUCAGGCUUGGAUUUGUUGGGACCCUGAUGUCGUUCGCAACUUCAGCAACGCAGAGAAGCCCAUUGAACCAGACCUCGUCGGACAGGGGUAUCUUCGAAAGAGUAACCCAAGCUUUCAGUCACUUCUGGAAACUACACCUGAUCUGGAGAGUGCAUGCACAGACUUUUUACGCUCGGCGAUCUCGUUCAACAUGCAACAGACAUUUUUGGGCAUCGCGACCAAGUUCAAGGAAAAGCUCUGCUACUACGAAGGAGGAGUCAAUAGUGAGAAAGCUGUUGCUCUCAGCACGUUGGUCGCUCUACUUGUUGACCAAGCCAAGCAGGGCUUGCUAUUCAGCCGCGGAGACUACGAUCGAUUGAAGCGAGAUAUGCAGAUGCGCGGAAAGGAUCCAGAAUACGAGAACGAACGAAGCUCUGAGCGGAACUACAAGAGAAAGGAUGGGUCAAUUCACAUCCUCGACUUUCUAAAAUUUGUGGUUGCUGAAGAUACGAUAGGGAACGCUUUGAAGCAAUUCUAUGAUGCUCUUCAUGUUCCCAGUGUCCAGGCCUGGGAUACCGAUCUAGCCCGCCUCUUCAACGAAUACAAUGAUCAGAAGAAAACAUCUAAGACAAUCACAAGGCUUAUGCAGGACCUCGUCGCGCAGGUGGAAUCUAUCACCAAGGAAUGGAAAGUCUCAAUGGCAGGAGGCAAAAAUGACAGCACGAGCAACGAGGUUGCCGUCAAGAUCAAAGAGCUGCAUCAGAAAUGGUCUUCGUACAAGCCAUCCGCUGCCUUGAUGAGUAUGCGAGUCGUUGAACCGCUACUCGAUCACUGGAAUGGUGAUCCAGAUUUGAGCAAGUGGGAGCUACUCAAAGCUUCAACCAUGUUCAAGCUCAAGUAUAAUGACGCAUAUGUCAUGGUUUGGAAGCUCGCAGGAAAGCAGUUGGCGUGGAUGAAGGCGACGAUGUCGCGCGGAGUAUCUGACGCGAGCGCCAUUGCCGUGACGGCUGAGAUGUGGAGUAUACUCCGUCCUGACACUAAGCGCAUCGCUGCUCUUCAUGCUCAAAGACAAAUUGGACAUGACAACGAGAGUUUGUCAGCUUUGGAAGAGGUUACUGAAUACGAUGAGACGGGGACGCAAAUUGACGAUGCUUAG